AUGUUGUACCUCGAGGACUACCUAGAAAUGAUUGAACAUUUGCCCCAGCAUUUUAGAGAAACGCUAACUCAAAUGCGCGAGUGGGAUCUUCAAGUACACAAUGACGUUGACAGCUGGCAACUUCGCGUCAAUCAGUUCUUUAGUGAUUUAGCGACUAGUAAUCCACCUGCCGAAAUUAAGAGUAACAACUUCAAUCAAAUCAAACAGGAUUACCAAAAGGUAGUUGACAUUGCAGAAGAAAAGGUCGCCGCAGCAAAUCAGCUCUAUGAAAUAGUUGACAAGUAUCUGCGAAAACUUGAGCAAGAACUAAUGAAGUUUAAAAUGGAACUCGAAGCGGAUAAUGCAGGAAUCACUGAGCAAUUAGAAAAACGCUCCUUGGACUUGGAUAACCCACCAACAUCGUCUUCUAGUCAUCAACGCGAAAAGAGAAAACUUAAUCCAAACGAUCAAAAGCUAGUGCCUUCAUCUUCAGAUAAAAUGAUGCUUAACUAUGCUCAAGACAAUAACGCCAUUGUCAAUAGUAACUAUGGCUCAAGCAAGAAUCAUAACAACAUACCUCAAUCAAAUACUCAUGGAACAGAGAGUCCAUACUCUUUAUUCAACUCAAAAUUAAUCUCUGACAAAAGUUCUAUCGCUGCUAAACUGAAGCUAAACAUUCCCGGCACAAAUGCUGUCAAUCCACUGGCUUUUAACGCCGCUUCACAUGCUCUUGCUGCCACUCAACAACUGCCGAUUGGACGAAGAACUUCAAGUCUAAAAGCGAGCUAUGAAGCCAUCAAUUCGGGAUUCGCCAAUUUCAACUAUACAUCUGGAAUGAAUGACCACGAGUCAAACUCAAACAGCUUUCUUCGACAGAACAGUGAGCAUAGCGAAUACGAGCAGGCCAACAAAAAGUCUCGCAUGAGCAACAAAAAGAAUCGUGCUACUAAUCAGUAUAAUCUUGAUGCGAACAACACUACCACAACUGAAGUGGUAAGCGAUUGGGCUAGCGAUGAGCCAAGAUACUGUGUCUGCAACAACAUUUCUUAUGGCGAAAUGAUAUUUUGCGAAAAUUCUCAGUGCCCGUAUGGUCAGUGGUUUCAUUAUGAUUGCGUUGGUAUAAAACAACCACCGAAAGGCAGCUGGUUUUGCUCUGCCUGCUCUGGCAAAAAGUCUACCAAAGAUAAGAACAAAAAAAAGGAUAAGCUCUCAAUGAAUUUGUAA